AUGAAGGGCCAGGUGGCAGCGGUGCGGGUGCUGCUGGACAGCGGCGCCGACAAGGACGCGGCCGACCAGGACGGCUGGAGGCCACUUCAUUGGGCGGCGGCGAAGGGCCAGGUAGGAGUGCUGACCACGCUGCUGAAGCGCAGCGCUGACAAGGAGGCGGCAGACGAGACUGGCCUAAGGCCGCUUCAUAUCGCUGCGGUCGGCGGUCACCUGGCAGCGGUGCGGGCGCUGCUGGACAGCGGCGCUGAAAAAGAUGCGGCGGACGGACGCGGCAGAAGGCCGCUCCAUCUCGCCGCGUUGACGGGCCAGGAGACAGCGGUGCGGGCGCUGCUGGACAGCGGCGCCGACAAGGAGGCGGCCGAGGAGCAAGGCGUCAGACCGCUCCAUCUCGCCGCGUUGACGGGCCAGGUGGCAGCGCUGCGGGCGCUGCUGGACAGCGGCGCUGACAAGGGGGCGGCCGACGGGUCUGGCGGGACGCCGCUUGAGUACGCGGCGAUGAGGGGCCAGGUUGAGGCGCUGCGGGCGCUGUUGGAGGGGGGAUGCCGGGCUACCGUGGCGGCGGACGGCGGCAGGGCGGUUGGCAUUGCUCUCAAAAAGGGCCAGCACGCCGCGGCGGAGCUGCUGAUGGCAGAGGGCGCGGCCACGGGCUACGGCAGCGCCGAGCAUUGGGCCGCCUUCGCGCAGUGGCAGCGGGGCCGGGUGGCGCAGCUGGUUGCGGAGAGGGAGGCGGCGGAGGCGGCGCGGGAGGCGGAGCGCGCGGAGCUGCGGGCCUUGUUCGUGGCCAUCGCCGCCGAGGCGCGCCGCCAGGCGGGGGCCGGCAGGCCCGCGAAGCGGCGGCGGCGUGCGGCGGCGCCGUAG